CGCCAAUCGGCGGUUGCGAGCUCCGUGCCCUCGAAGCUCAGACGCGUCUCCACGCAUCUCUCCACAACAAAGCUCGAAGCUGCCUCAACACGCAACUGCGCCCGGCAGCAGCCACCCGCCAUGUCAGAAUUCAAGGUCGGCCAGCGGAUCGAGACUAACACCCAUCGGACGGGUAUCGUGAAAUAUGUCGGCCCUAUCCACGUCGCAGAGGGCGCCUGGCUUGGUAUCGACCUGCUGGAGCCCAUGGGUAAGAACGACGGUUCGGUUCGCGGCGAGCGAUACUUUGACUGUCCACCUCAGCAUGGACUGUUUGUCAAAGAGACAGAUAUCCUCCAGAUUCUCUCACAGCCAGUACCGAAGGCAGCAGCACCGAAAGCUGCAGCACCUAAACCGAAAGCCCCCACGCCUGCACCAAGAUCACGGCCCUCGAGCACUGUUGCGCCCAAGUCUACUUCAAGUCGACCCUCUAGCGUCACCUCGCCUCCAGCUGUCUCGAGGGCACCCAGUCACACGAAACGUCAAUCUGUAGCACCUGUUGCUCCUCGAACCCCACUACGAGCACCUACGCGCAAGCCCAGCGUUGCCAAUGCUUCAACCGUAGCUCCUUCGCCGCCUCCCACGCGUCCUUCAGUCGUUUCGAAGCCGAGCACAUCGUCAGUCUCGUCCGUGUCACAACCACAAAAUCCACUGAGAACUUCAACAAGAGACAGCAAUGUCGACGCGCUACAAACCAAGAUCAAGCACAUGGAAAAACAGCACUCGGAGGACCAAGCGCGGCUCAAGGAAUUGUCGCAAGCCGAAAGUGAGCGCGACAAAUACCAGGGGAUCAUGCAGAAGUUGCAAACCAAAUUGCAAGCAUACCACCAAGAAUCCAAAGACGCCAAGGCGGAAUUGGAGAAGCUCAUGGAGGAGAACAAGCAGCUGUCUAAAGAUGCGCAAGAUCACGAGUUCGACCUCGAAGAUGCAUUGCUUGAGAGGGAGAUGGCGCAAGAGCGAGCUGAUCAGAACGAAGCCGAACUGGAGGGGCUUCGAGCGAAAGCUGAACAGCAGGAUCUCGAGCUAGAGAUUUUGAAAGACGAGGCAGAAGCAUUCACUGCGCAUAUGUCCGAAGAAGAUAAGGAACAAGCCGGCUACUACAGACUGCAGCACGAGAACGACCGUCUCCGCGAGGCGUUGAUAACACUCAAGGAAAUCACGGAGGAUGAGGCACAGAACAGCAAAAUCCGUAUCGAUGAGCUGGAGGAGGAUUCCACUCAACUGGAAGCUUUGCGCAAGGAACACGACCUACUGCAACAGAGAUUGGCCGAGUCGCAGGGCAUCACAGAGCACCUAAAGGCUCAAGUCAACGACCGGAACGAGUUGGAGGACAUCGUUGAGGAGAUGUCAAGUAAGAUUCAGGAACUAGAAAGUACGAUGCGAGACCAGGAACAGGCGAUAGAGGAACUGGAAUCUCUCAAAGAUCUGAACGAAGAGCUUCUGGAUCAGCAAGAUGAGGCAGCCAAAGAUCUACGUGCCGAAUAUGAGGCCAAAGAAGCUGAACUUGAGCAGCUCGGUGAACGAGCGCUGGAGCAAGCGAGGACGAUCUCGGAUCUUGAGGAGACGAACACAAAGUUUAGGGAUCUCGUUACAGAACUACUCACGCAGAUCAAGGAGGCCGAGGCGACAAAGACGAUGACGGAGGCCCAAGUCAAAGACACGACAGGCCGGAUCAAUGAGAUCAUGGAUGUCAACAGACGUCUACGGGCUGCAGAAGUCAACGCUACAAGCAAGGAGAUUACCUCAGAGCUCCGCCAGCUCAAGGCUGAUCAGACGACUGAGAUGCUAGAAAUCUUGAGUGAAACACAGUCACAAGAAUUCGGUCGAAGUGAGCCGAUGCAGGCAUACUUCACCGCGAAGCGCAUCAUGUUCAAAUCAAAUGUGCUCAGCGGCCUUUUGGCUAGUGCUGAUAAGCAUGCAGACCAUAAGGGCAACGUGGAGGAGGCAGCUUCAAAGCUGCUUUCUAUCGAAGCUGGCUACUAUCUCGCGAAUCUCAGCAGUGGAAGCAAUCGCAUUUCAUCCGCGAUGGCAGUCUCAACCCUGCAGCAAUUCGCAACAUUCAGCGCCGCUCACGCUGAGCUAGUCGCAGUCGAAAGGAACCUGGAUCAUGGACUCGAGGCUAUCAAGGCCGACAGAGUCAAUUUCUCUGAACUAGCCAAAUCUUUCGGUGGCUCGAUCGAAGUAUACAAGGCUGUCCUCUCCAACCACCAGCCAGGUCUAGCAGAGCGACCUGAAGACGAAACCAUGCUACGGAUUUCCUCCAUCGCGGCAAGCUUGUCAUACCUGGACGCCACCUGCACAGCGACUAUCACGAUGCUGAAGUCGUUGGCAGAGACCAGCGAGGAGCUUGCGGAGGAUGCAGAAGACGUUGUGGACCGGUUCGCAGCACCUUCUGCGGUCUGCAGUCAGAGCAUGCUAGCGGCCACCAGGCUACUGAAGACAUGUAACGAUCGUAGAGGAGAUGGGUUGUAUCCUCAAUUCAAUGGCGAUUUUGAUUUGAUCAUCGAGGCAGAAGAGUAUCUUACUAAAGUUACUCAUGAUGCAGCUGAAUGGUCUCGUUCUGCCAUAGACGAGCUGCGUCGAUCGAUUGAUGCAGAUGGUACACUCGUAGCACCUGUCAGCCUCAAGGAUCUUUUGCUCCCAUUCUGGAGCGGCCAAUCAAGUAAGCUGGAGAAUCUCAUCGCCUCGCUGAACAGUUGGGUUGAGUACGCUUUGCUGCUGAAGGAUUGUGUCGAGAUCCAGCAUGGUCCCGCGCCCUGGACGGAGAAAGCAAAGGAGAUUGAGGCGACUAGGAGACAGGUCGACGAGGCAGCUGCUAAGCUCCAAUCGAUCACUGCCGAGCACCAAGCGACACUUCUCAGACUUCAUGAGCGUGAACAGGUCAUCGAAACCAAAGAGCUUGAAAUCGAACACCUGGCAGCCAAGAACCGCGAAGCCACGAAUAAGAGUGAAGACGUUCAGCGCCUGCAGGACGAGAUCACAGCAGCACAGACGGAGAUCAAACAACUACAAAAACAAGACAAGGCUCAGCAGCAAGAGAUCAGCGAUCUGAAUACCAAGCUCGCACACGCCGCGCAGUACGAGCCUGCAGAGUCAGACAAUGCGCCAGUCGUCGCUGCGCCUGGCCCCGAACCGGCAGACGCAUCGUCCCGCAGCGCGCCUGCAAGUCUGAUGUCCCUCCUCGACGCCCUGCAAAUCGAGAACCACUGGCUGCGGCAGAAGAACCACAGCGCUGCCUUUGGCACAAAGCAGGUCGACCUGCUCAAGUUCAUGCGGCCCAUCGAGAAGCGCGAGCCGAGCAAGCUGUCUGCUGCUACCGAGAGCCUGCUCAGCCUGGCGUGGCUGACAGACGACGCCGCGCUGCCCGAGACCCUGAGCAGCAUCUCGAGCCGCCACGGCGCGGAGACAGACGCUCCUCGACAGACGCGUCGCGCCAGGCACGCACCACUCGCCCUCGCGCCGCUGCAGACCCAGCUCGACUUCCUCAAGAACAAGGGCCGGCUCGACUUCCCAGGCCUCGACGAUACAAGCUUCGCGGACCUGUCACCGACGCUGGAGAACUUCGAUUCCGAGAUCUUAAGUCUGCGCCCGCUGAGGAGCAUUAUGGUGUAAGGGGCUGUGGCUGCACUGGGAGCAUGUAUGGGAUGGAGG